AUGUCACAGAGUCAACUCUCGCAGUCUUCUGAUCACUAUCCUUCAUCUAUCUUUGAGGACACACCCCUGGAUAAUCUCCCUUUCCCUCCAUCCGAUAGCGUCCAGUCCUUCACUCCUGAUGCUUUAUACGGUGAUACUCCUAGUUCUACACCCAAUAUUAGUUUUUCUCACACCCGAUCCGUAUCCCCACCGGAGAUCCUCGAGCGCGUUGGGCCUCAGAAAGAAGAGCUUCGUACUAUAGACGGAGAUGUCAUCGUUAAGGAGCGGCAGGAGAGUCUCCUUCGAACGCUACCUGAAGGUGGGAAGCUCUCUAUUGCAUUAGAUUGCUGGACCUCACCCUUUCGCCAGGCCUUUAUGGCAGUUACGGGGUAUUUCAUCGAUCAAGACUGGAACUACUGCAAGAUACUACUUGGCUUUGAACCUGUUUAUGGGUCGCAUACUGGUGUUAAUCUCGGCGCCGUUCUCUUUCCACUACUGCAGAAGCAUGAGGUUGAGGAUCGGGUAUUGACCGUUACUACGGAUAACGCGUCUAGUAACUCAACGCUGGUGGAGAGCCUCAAGACCUCUGUUCGGGCACUUGAGCUACCAGGCAAUAUACCUAUCAUUCGCAUGCCAUGUAUUGCACAUGUUAUUCAGCUUAGCCUGAAGGAGCUUCUUGGUCAGAUGGAAGCUAAUCCGAAGAAUGAGAAAGAAGAGAUGGAUUUUACUGGAGGAACGGUACCCUCUUGCCGAGAGAAUCAUGAGAUCAUCUACACGUUGACUAAGAUCCGAAAGCUUGCUGUCCAGAUCAACAAGAGUCCCCAGCGCCGAGAGCAUUUCUUAGAGCUUCGGACCAAGGAGCCAAAGCUUGUGCCGAUGCAAGAUGUCAAAACCCGCUGGAAUUCAACCUUUCUGAUGCUCCGGCGAGCGAAGCGGCUACAGUCAACCUUCACCGACGAGGUCUCAAAGAGUAGGGAUAUCACGAUCCAUACCGUAUUUGGCAUCUACAAUGCCCUCUUUGCUCACCUGGAGAAGUCAAAGAGACAGCUAAUGCGAAAGAAGGUCAAUUGGAAGACUGUGAUGCUUAGAGCACUUGAGUAUGCAAGGAAGAAGCUUUCGCAGUAUUACGGGGCGACGGAUGAUGUUAGUGACGAUCUUUAUGCGAUUGCUACAAUUAUGGCGCCUCAGAAUAAGAUUGAAUUCUUCCAGAAGCCAGAGUGGGAGCCAAAGUGGGCUUCUCGAUACCGCCAGCGUCUCGAGAAGUACCUUAUCCCAUAUGAGAAGCGUUAUUUACAGUCCCAGCCUAGAUGUGAUACUGUACCCUCUGCUGCACAGGUCUCCAACCUAGAGUUGAUGGUAUCAACUGCCCAAUCUGGCCAGUCUCAGACGAGUGUUGACGAUGAGCUUCGGCGUUAUCUGGGUAGUAGUACUCGUCUGAUCAACCCACGGGUAUUUUGGAAGGACCAUCAGCAUGAACUACCUAUUCUCGCAAGCCUCGCACGAGAUGUCCUUUCUACGCCUACGUCCGGUGCUGGUGUUGAGCGGUUGUUCAAUUCUGCUCGUGAUAUCUGUCACUUCCGUCGACGGUCUCUGAAGCCAAAAACCACCCAGGACCUCAUGAUGAUGAUGUGUACAACCCGCUUUGAUGUUAAAUCGGAGGACUUAGCCUUCAUUGAUGAGUACCUAUCUACACAAGAGAUCCAUGCAAGAAAGGAAGAGCAGGAGGCUCAGAAAAAGAAGGAGGAGGUGUUCGAUCUGAUUAGUGAUGACGAUGAGGAGGAGGAGGAGGAGGAGGAGGAGGAGGAGGAGGAGAAUUACACUCACUCAACAUCUGAGCCGACCCAGCUAGCCGGCGAGAGUAUCCUUGGUAAGAGACCAAGAAAUGAAGCAGCAGAAGCAGCGCUACCAACAACCGAGGCGCCGCUUAUUUAA